GGGGGACAAAGGAGGAGGAGCCAGCAGGGAGGUGGGCUAGAACCACUCCGGGUCAGGUGCAUCCUCAGCCCUCCCCCAUACCUUUCCACCUGGGAUGUUGUGUCAACAGUCGUGUUGUCUGGGCUGUUUGUGUGGUGACAAGACAGACGGCUUGGGUUAAACAUCUCACCUGUUGCAGGAGAGGCCCAGGGCUAAGCCCUGCUGUCAGGAGCGGCUCUCCCCCUUCCAUGGUUGCCCAGAAACUCUGGCCUUCAGCUGUUCAUUCUUGGGAUUUCUCUGGGUCUUUCCACCCAAUGACCUUUAGCAGCCUGACAGCAAGGAGAGGUGGGGACUAUGUUAUCACUCACUUACUUUUAAGGAUUUUUCUGGAAAUACCUCCAGCUGCUGCUCUUUGCACACCAGGUGUGGCCUCCCCCACCUUCCCAGGGCUCAGUCCUCAUCCUGUCUUGUCUAUGUUCCCUCUUUCCAUCUGCCAGGGGUGCUUCCAGGUUGGACCACCAUCUUUUUCCCCCCUGGUUAUUUCAUGUUCUGUCCCCUUCUCCCAGUAUUUUUCUCUGUCACCCUUGAUUAUCUCUCUGUUUCCUUCUGUUUCCCUUUCAGAAGCCAGGGAGCUCAGAGCCAGGGAGGGGAGGGAAGCUGAAGUCUGUGUGGUGUAGGAGGAGAUGACUUUUCUCCCCAGCUCCCCCACCUCUCCUUUCCUAGCCAAAAACACUGAGGUUUGGAGGUGAGAUUUAAAGGCCCAGGAUCUACAGUGCCUCCUCCUGUGUGUUUCAGUCACGUGCCUGCUGUUUCCCAGGGAUCUCAUUAACUGCUUGGUGCCCAGGCCCAGGACCUCCCUGCGGUCCCCCCUCCACGCCUCCCAGUCACUCUGUCCAACAUGGACUGCAGCCAGGUCACUGGCCAGGGCAGGACAACCAGUCAGAGAAUUUAUGCUGGGUCAGCCUUUGACUCCUGGGCAGAAAAACCAAGAGUUCCCCGGGCACAGGCCGAGACCAGGACUGCAGCUGCCUGUUGGCGUGGAACAGCCCUGGUGCUGCCUCCACUGGGCCCUCUCUCCAGGCAGGCAGGCAGUAAGGGUGGAAAAACCUCUGACCUGAUAGGAAAUGUCUUAAGUACUGGGCUGUGUCCCCCCUGCCUCACCCCCAGGGCCUCCCUGCAGGCCCUGCCUGAUGGUUAGAAAUCUGGACCCACACCAGGAGGCUGGAGGGACUCACCCAGGCUGCCACCAGGCUUCUGACCAAGUCCUCAUGUAACCCUGGCCAGUGCUGUGACCGUGCUCUGAAGGCAACAGUCCUCGGGCUUAACCCCAGCCUUCAGCAGGUCACCGGCGCUACCUCUGUGGGUGAGGAAGCAGGAAGCCAGUCCCCAGAACCUCUGUCAAGCCCUCCAUUCUCUCCACUGUGGCCUGGGAGCCACAGUGGGGGAGGGAUGGAGGAAGGGGAUGGCGCUGUCCCUGUAUCCCCCACCACAGAGAAGUGGGAACCUGGGAUGGAGGAGAGGGGCACACGGGAAGAGCCAGGCCAUAGUGCCCCAUCUCCUCCCUGUAGGCUGCUCUUUGGUAACAAGAGCUUCCCAUAGGCACUUAGAACGUGGAGAGCCGCUCCCACGGCUGCCCUGCACCUGGCAGCCAGAUGCACAGGUGGACCCCCUCAGGGUGGAGGAGGUGUUCUCACCCAGCAGAGCUGAGGUGCUACUGCUUCCUGUCCCUGGGGAGCAACUUGAGUUACCAGGGCAACAGGCUAAAAUAAAUCUUGUCCGGGCAGAGCCAAGGGCAGUGUUGUUGCCAGGGCAACUGAUUAGGCCCGUUGUUUGGCUCCAGGCUUUUCCUGGUACCCAGCAGGCUAAAUCACCUGGCAUUGAUUACCAACCCACUCGACCAUGGUUGCUUGCCUGGAAUCCAGGCACUCAGAUUCCUGCUGCUUCUUGCUUUAUCUUUACCUAGAACUAGGGGUUCAAUGACACGAGGCAGUCUGGAGCUGGUCCCUGUGACUCUGCUGUGAUUUCACAUGGGCCGGGGGCCUGCAAGGUGGCCUGACUGGUGGGGAGCAGGAAGGAGUAGAUAUGAAGAGACCCUCCUGCGGGUAACUUCAUAUCAAACCUGGGGAGUAAGGCUCCAGGCCGGGAGCACAGCAGGUACAUGGGCCGUGGGGGUGCCCUGCUCCUCGAGGCAGCACCAAGGCUAGGAAGGAGACGGGCCUGCAGAUGUCUUUUGUGUCCCUGCCACUUUGCACAUGGUGCAUAUGUCAAGGCCACACUGGAGGCUAUGGCUUUGAACACUCUCUUGGUGGCCACUUCAGGAUCUGUCACAUACCUGCUUCUCUCUGGCAACACCCAUCAGUGCACUACCUGAGCUGCCAGCACCUCUCCCACACCUUGGAGAGGCUUUGGUUGACCCGGAGGCACCUGGAGCAGGCCCUGGGCGCUGCCUGCCUGCUGGCCAGAUGCCCAACCUCACGAUGCCAGUUGGUGCCCUGCAUCACACUGUCACCAUGACCCUUAAGGGAUGUUCGAGGAUCCUAGCCUCCCUGCACAUAACACCACUAGCUUCUCUGGUACUUCAGCUUGUAGGUGGGCCCCUUCCUCCCAGGCCUGGGAAGUGGAGAAUUGUGGAUGGGAAGCCUAGCUCUCCCUCCUCAGGCUUUUCUGGCCCUCCGACUAGUCUGAGAAUAAGAACCAGGUUGCUGAGCUUCAGUACUUGUUACCUCUCCUUCCUCACCUGGAGACACCCGGGGCUUCUCCCUAAAUACUAUCUUCAACAGGGACCACAGUUGCCCUCUUCUCCCAAACCCUCAGCUCUCCACUUCAGGUACCCUACUUGCCAUGACAGUGGUAUCUGAAGGUCCUGUAAGGCCCCCACCCAUAUGUCAGCUGCCGGUUUGUCUUGCAGAGCGUAGAUGGACCAGCUCCAUCACCCUCAAUGGGAGUGGGUGGUCCUUGGAAGGAUCAGAAGUGGGAUGUAAACAUGUCUGAAUCCCAACCCCAUCUCAAACCUCUCAAGAUGCACGGGGCAAAAGAUACCUCCACCAGAAAGUCUGUUAUUUCUGUGACCAGAGCCUUCGGCUGGCCUGGGCAGUGGAAUUUUUGAAUGGUGGUGGUGAGGAGGGGCUGAGGGCAAUCGUGCAGCGAGAAGGAAGUGCCCCUGAGAAAUGGUCUCUCCCUCCAAAGGAUCUCCCUCAGUGGCCAUCUGUCUGGGAUGCUGGUGGGUAAGGUCUGUGCACAGGGAAUGAUUCAGGAUUAACUUAUCCCAAGACACCUCCUAUCGCCCCAACCCCGCAAAGAAACUGAGCCUCUAGCUCCUCUGAAAUCGGCAUAGCCCAGCGCUUGGCCGCCCUGGCUCCUAGGAUUACAUGGGCAGGAACAGAACCAUUCCUCGGUGGGCAGGGGGUACACUAGAGUGGGGAGUGGCGGGAGCCGGAAGUGGGUGCUUCUGAAAGGUGGCCCGGUUUAGCGACCCCCUAAUCUCCAGGACUGCGGACUCCACCGCCCCGCGCGGUCACCACAGACGUAGCUCCAUUCACACUUGCCUCACAUCAUCGCUUUCUCAGCAGAGACGCCCGCCACCCCUGCGAAAGCCCACUCCAAGGGCGUGGGUAGGGUGAGGUGGAGGCCUUCCUGGACUUUCCAACUCAGAACUCCACUUCCACCCCCGGCGUCCAGCUCCGGGGCGCUCUAGGGUUAACCUCCCGGGGGUGGGGACUUCGGCACGGCCCGCGUUGGGAGGGAGGGGAGAGGAGGCGACAGGAGGCGCGGUCGAGCGAGCCUGGGAGGCGGUCGGAGCCCCGGGUGUCUCAGACUCCCGAGCAGCCACUGGGACACACGCUGCGUGCAGAUUCUCUGCCCCAAACUUCACGUCGGGAGCGGGGAAGAGGCGCUGGGCAUCAAGACGGGUGGCGGCGGGUCAGGACGCUGCCCUCCUCCCCGGGGACCGCUACUUCUACCCCACCUCCUCUAGCCUCUUCCAGCCGUCUCAGACCCACCCUCCUCGCUUGACUGCGUUUAGCCCGGGAUGAAGCCCGAAGGCAGUGGCCCCACGACGACCCCGGAGUCCCGGUCGGCCGAGCUGGCUCUGGAUCCGCCGCCAUCCUGGACCUGCCCGCCUGAUGUACGGCUCUGCGGCCACCUGCGGAAGCAGAAGUCCCAGCGCCGCCGCUUCUUCGUGCUCCGAGCUGACCCGCCGCGCCUCGAGUGUUACGAGACAGAGAAGUUGUUCCACGCGGGCCGCCGGCCGCCCAAGCUCAGCGUGAGCCUGGCGGGCGCGUGCACCAUCAGCAAGCGCGUGGACGCGCGCCGGCGCCACCUGAUCGUCCUGUACACCCGGGACCGCAGUCUGGGCGUGGCGGCGGCCAGCGAGGCGGAGCAACAAGCGUGGUACUGCGCCCUGCUCGAGGCGCGCGCCGCCGCCGGUCCCAGCUCCCACGAAGACCCCGAGGCCCGGAUCCUCGCUCCGUUUCAGGACGUCUGGCCCGUGACGCUGAGGCCCAAGGGGCUGGGGAGGACACGAGCCCUGGGCAGCGGCAGCUACCGCCUGUGUCUGGGUUCUGGGGUACUGAGCCUGAUGCGGAAGCCCGCGGGCAGAGGCUCCGAGGCCACCAAGGCAUCUCCGCCGCUGGCCCUGUGCCUGUCCCUACUCAGUGUGCGCCGCUGCGGCCACGCAGACUCUUUCUUCUUCCUGGAACUCGGCCGCUCGGCACCCACAGGUUCUGGGGAGCUGUGGCUACAGGCUCCCGAUGCCAUGGUGGCCCAAAGCAUUCAUGAGACAGUCCUGGCCGCCAUGAAACGAAUUGGGGACAGUGGUGUCAGUGGCAGGGCCGAGCCACUAACAAGAAAGCCCCUGAUGAGCGCCUCCAGACCCUCUUUCCCCCAAUCUUUUGAGACCCCCGCCUCUGCGGCCCAAUCAAGCGGCCCGAACCGUUGGGGGUGCCUGGGUGCGAGAAGCCAGCAAGGAACCCUUAAGACCCUGGCGAGGCUGGGGGCAGCAGCCUCAUACCCCGAGGGGUUGGAGCAAGGAGGGGGCUACAUAACCAUGGGAGCAGGGAGUGACUAUGAGCCCAUGGAGGGUGGCCAAGCCAGUGGCUAUAUGGUGAUGGCGCCCCGGGGCCUUCUUGCCUCUGCCAGAGCCUCUCCCCACCGGCUGCUUCAGGAUGCAGGAAGCACGGAAUACGUGUCCAUGAGCCACUGCACACCACAGCCCUUUUCCUUAAGCUCCAUUCCCCAUUCCUACAGGGCCGGGGCACCUGGACCUGGGCUCCAAGGCCUUUGUCUUGGCAUCGAAGACAGCUGGGGACCAGCCGGGGCUCAGCCAUGCUUGCGGCCACCGUCACAGUUAGCCGGGGAGUACGUGUGCAUUGAGCACUUAGGAAUGCGCACUGCCAUACCCGACCUCCCUGACGGCAGCCUCAACUACGUUGACCUGGACCUGGUCCCUCCGCUGGAGGCGCGAGGCGAUGCCCCCAAGACCAGGCAGCACCUGCACAGCUAUGCACGCAUCGAGUUCCAGAACCUCAGGGAGGCCCAGAGUUCCUGCAACAUCACUCCAGAAUCUCAGGUCAUCCUUGGCCCCCAACCCUGCCUCUAACGAUGAAGACAUGGAUUCGCUCCUCCCCACCUCCCCUGCAGUGCCUGCUUGGCGUCUCCUCAGAGCCAAAGAACUAAGCCCAGCCCUGUCCCAGGGCUGAACACCUGGGCCCCAGCACAAGAGGGUUGACAGUACCAGUUAUCUUAUGCUAGUGCCCCCUAAAAGUGAUGUGACACCCCUAACUCCCUAGUUCGCCUCUCCCAAUGCCAGCUAUGUGCUCACACAAUCCUCCCUUCUCCCCGAGCUGGCAGAACUGACGAGAGUCCUUGCUUUCUACACGCUGAGUCAAAGGGACUAAGUACACUCCCGCCCCAUUAAAGGUUCCCUGCUUGAUCAGCCUAGAAAGGUCUUAGGGCUAUGGACUCCCCUGCCCCACUGUACAGGGUAGCCAAUGAGUAACAAGAAUUUGAGGGGAGACAGCCAAAGCCGUGGUGGAGGAAGAAACCCCAUCUCUGCCUUCACGCCUCACUCUGCUGUCACAAGGAGCCGGUUUGCAAACCAACACUUUUAUUGUCAACAGAACUGCCUAGGGAAGUAAGGGGGCCCAUCCUGCCUCCAGAGAGGCUAUGGACAAUGGGUGUCUGAGGCCCCUGGGAGAGAUGGGUCAGUGCAGUGAGAACAGCUCCGGCCACCACUGGCGCCUGGGUGGUCAGAGAUAGGGGCUAGGGGGCCAGCAGGGGGCGUGGGAGCCUUGGAUGAGCUG